AUGCGCCAACAUUCGUCUUCGAUUAUGCUAGCGUUCGCUCGUCAAAUCCUCAACGUCAUCGAUCUCUUGUCGAUUGCUCCAUUCUAUUUUGAACUUCUUCUUUGGGUUUGUGGAAUCAGUGGAAAAAUGUUCGAAAAGUCAGAUGGGCGUUCUUCACCGUCCGUCUUCUUCAUGUUCUUCGUGUCAUCAGAAUUGCUAAGCUGGGUCGAUUCUCACCGGGUCAACAAUUUCAUGCAAGUCGUCAAACUUCGCGAGGAGCAAAUUGUCAAAAAAUGCGCACAUCAACAUGGAGACCAAGUCUAG